GUGGAUGAGAUCAGCCUCAGCCCUGCACUUCUCUCUGGAUGGAGGAAGACUGGUAUGUGUGCUGAGUGCAGGAACAGCAGAGGGGACAUCAGGUGACAACCCAGGUGUCGGCCGCCAUGCAGUCCCCGGACACGCCAGAUGGAUGUUUCCUCCCCGAACAUCUGGACACGGCUGCCCUGGACAUUGAACUGGAUGAACUGGACUCCAUACGAGAAGAUGAUGACGGUUCACCAUAUAGCCCCUUCCUUGCCGUUUAUGACCUGAAAGCGCUGAAACAUCAAGGCUCUGUUUUCUUGAAAGGGGUUCCGGUGAUAGCACACAUAUCGCAGACCGAACGAUAUACCACUGGAACAAAGAUCCAUGACAGCACUUUAUAUUCUGUACAUCUGACACACGGCCCUUUCCAAUGGACCAUAAAGAAGAAAUUCCGUCAUUUCCAGGAACUUCACCGGGAUCUCCUGAGACACAAGAUAUUUGUCUCCCUCCUUCCCCUCAACCCUCUGUCACGAUUCACCGUGACGCGCUCGCGCGCUGAAACAACCUCGGAGGAGAUGCCCUCACUGCCGCACGCUUCCGGCGAUUCCUCCAGGAGAACGUCGAGCAAACAGAAGUACCUGGCGGAAUACCUCAAUGUACUUUUGGCAAAAUCCUUCUACCGGAACUAUCAUGCCAUGAUGGAGUUUCUGGAGGUCAGUCGUCUGUCCUUCAUUACAGACCUUGGACCUAAAGGAUUGGAAGGUUUCAUACUGAAGAGAUCAGGAGGACACCGGAUUCAAGGGUUCAACUGUGCCGGUCAUCAUCAGUUCUGUUACCGCUGGUCAAAGAGGUGGCUGGUGGUGAAAGAUUCUUUUCUACUCUACUUGAAACCAGAUUCUGGGGAGAUCUCCUGUGUGCUGCUCUUCGACCCUGAAUUCCGAACGCUAGUUGGCAAAAAACACACCGAGAUCAAAUAUGGUGUCCGGGUAGAGAAUUACUCCAGGUCAUUGAUCCUAAAAUGCAGCGGCUACCGACAGGCUCGCUGGUGGGCACAGCAGAUAAACCAGAUUGCCGAAGACCAUGGGAAGGACUUCUUGAGCAUACAUCGGUUUGAAGCCCAUGCGCCCGUGCGAGAGAGGACGCAAGUGAAGUGGUUUGUUAAUGGUGCCACUUAUUUUGCCGCGGUGGCUGACGCUUUGAUGCAGGCUCAGGAGGAGAUUUUCAUCACCGACUGGUGGCUCAGCCCGGAGGUUCACCUGAAGAGGCCGGCACUCGAUGACAAGUGGAGGCUGGACAUCAUCCUGAAGCAUAAGGCGGAGGCUGGAGUCCGGGUUUGUAUCUUGCUGUUCAAGGAGAUGGAAAUGGCUCUGGGAAUUAACAGUGGAUAUAGCAAGAGGACAUUAAUGCUGCUGCAUCCGAAUAUCAAGGUGAUGCGUCACCCGGAUCAUGUCUCCUCCAUCGUGUUCCUCUGGGCUCACCAUGAGAAGAUGGUGGCCAUUGACCAGUCUAUCGUUUUUCUGGGGGGUCUGGAUCUGGCCUAUGGACGAUGGGAUGACCACGAUUAUCGCCUGACAGAUGUGGGCUCUGGCAAGAUGCAACAGCAACAGCAGCAGCAGCAGCAACAACAGCAGAAUGGAACCGCAGCAGCUGUGGACGCAUCCCCCGAAGAGGCUGAGAUGAUCUCCCAAUACUGGCUGGGCAAAGACUACAGUAACCUGAUAUUUAAAGACUGGGUUCAACUGGACAAACCUUUUGAAGAUUUCAUUGAUCGAUUGAGAAACCCACGAAUGCCAUGGAGGGACAUAGGUGCAGUAAUUCUAGGUAAAGCUGCCAGGGAUGCAUCUAGACACUUUAUUCAAAGGUGGAACUUUACAAAGACCACCAAAUCGAAAUAUUAUGGUCCGUCUUUCCCGUGUCUUCUACCAAAAUCUCUAAACACAGCGGACAAACAUCUGCACUCGGUGCCAGGAUGCCAGAGUGCCACUGUGCAGUUGUUGCGGUCGGUUGAUUGCUGGUCUGUGGGAUGCAACGAAAGUUCCAUUCACAAUGCCUACGUGCACUGCAUAUCCAAUGCUGAACACUACGUCUACAUAGAGAAUCAGUUCUUCAUUAGUUGUACGGGUGGAAGGACAACACAGAACUCCAUCGCUGAUGCCAUCGUUAAGAGGAUAAGUCGAGCUCACAAGGACAAUGCCACCUUCCGAGUCUUUAUCGUCAUCCCCCUAUUACCAGGCUUCGAGGGGAACAUUGACAUGGGAGGAGGAAACUCCAUUCAGGCCAUUUUGCACUUCACAUACAGUUCUAUUUGCCGUGGGGAGAAUUCGAUCAUUUCUCAGCUUAAGGAGGAGAUGGGUGAAUGCUGGCGGCAGUACCUCUCGGUUUGCAGUCUGCGGACGCACGGCGACAUGCCUGAUGGCUCCCUAGUAACUGAGCUCAUUUACAUACACAGCAAGAUGCUCAUUGUUGACGACAGAAUGGUCAUUAUUGGUUCGGCCAACAUCAAUGACAGGAGCCUGCUGGGAAAGAGGGACAGCGAGCUGGCUGUGUUUGUGGAAGAUACAGAAUUUGUGAACUCCACAAUGAACGGCAAUGUGUACCAGGCUGGGAAAUUUGCUUUAAGCCUCCGGAUGGAUUGUUUCAAUACAAUUCUUGGUGCUCUAAAGCCUCCAUGUCUGGAUGUGUCAGAUCCAGUUUCCGAUCAGUUCUUCAAUGAAAUCUGGAAUCAGUCGGCACUAAAUAACGCAGCCCUUUAUGACCAGGUGUUCCGCUGUCUUCCAACCAAUGCUGUGCCGAGUCACCGUGUACGCCAGGCCUAUACAGCCGUGCCCAACCUUGCCAACACAAACCCCCAGCUCUCAAGGGUAAUGUUAACGCGGGUGAAAGGCCAUUUGGUGGAGUUCCCGUUGCACUUUCUUUCCGAGGAGAACUUGUUACCUCCAUUAAACAGCAAGGAGGGCGUUAUCCCAACUGAAGUCUGGACGUGACCCUGUUGGAAGGACUGUACCGAGAAUCCGAAAAAAUACUAAAAUCCUGACUGUUUUCCAGGACUAACGCGCACUACCAAGAACCAACACUCAUGUGUCAUCUCAGCACUUGACGGGCUUUUGUGCAGAAGACAUCGAGUGAUGCAAUCCCCACUACAUACAUACAAACAUUCCAGCGCUUACUCUGGUAGAAAAUACCAUAUGGUUUCAAUCCAAGCUCCAUGUACAGAUUCCUGUUCUAUUACCAAACGGUGCAUGCUGUCCUCUAGUAAUCCCAACUCUCCUCAGACUGACUUUUUUACUAAACUUUUCUAUGUGUCCAAUUAACUGUCUUAAUCUUGGUUUAAAAUUAAUAGUAGUUCUGUACUAAUUCUACUUCUAUACAAAUUGUCCUGUACUAACCCUGGCUCUAUGCGCAGUGUCCUGUACUAAUCCCAGCUCUAUACACAGUGUCCUGUACUAAUCCCAGCUCUAUACACAGUGUCCUGUACUAAUCCCAGCUCUAUACAGUGUCCUGUACUAAUCCCAGCGCUAUACACAGUGUCCUGUACUAAUCCCAGCGCUAUACACAGUGUCCUGUACUAAUCCCAGCGCUAUACACAGUGUCCUGUACUAAUCCCAGCGCUAUACACAGUGUCCUGUACUAAUCCCAGCUCUAUACACAGUGUCCUGUACUAAUCCCAGCUCUAUACACAGUGUCCUGUACUAAUCCCAGCUCUAUACACAGUGUCCUGUACUAAUCCCAGCUCUAUACACAGUGUCCUGUACUAAUCCCAGC